AUGGGUGUCGGCCCGGACAAACCCUUGACAGAGAGUUUUACACCGAUGAGUCUGUCAAGCACACCUCUGGAAUCGAACUUUUUCUCUCAUUUUGAUCGCCAAGGUAAGACCCCUUUCAGUCCAAUUAUCGACAUUAAUCUCUCUUUUCUUGAGCCUCUCUCUGGACUACAUGCACCCGACGUCGCUCCUACAGGCCAUGAGAUCCGUCCCGAAGUCCCGCGGCUCCCUUCCCAGCGGCUCGACAGGCCACAGAUAUCAAAUAGCCAUCGCAAGAUCGGGCCAGAGACUCAAUUCCUAAAACAGUUUAUGGAUAAUGUUUUAGAGCUUAAAAUCGACUUCAUUCAGGACACGCUGGAAGAUCCCGUUGCCUUUGGCCCUGUCCCACUACCCCGGUCUCAUAUGGGACCAUCACCUCAACUCCAGUAUUGA